AUGACCCUCCGCGACCUCCUGGGCGUCAGCUUCGAGGGACCCCGGCCGGACAGCAACGCCGGCGGCCCCGGCUCGGGCGGCGGCGGGGGCGGCGCGGGCGGCGCGCCGGGCUCCGAGGGCCCCGCGGUGGGCGGCGUACCUGGGGCGGCGGGCGGCGGCGGCGUGGUGGGCGCGGGCGGCGGCGACGACAACCGGAGCUCCGCCGGGGAGCCGGGCGGCGCGGGUGCGGGCGGCGAGGUGAACGGCACGGCGGCCGUCGGGGGGCUGGUGGUGAGCGCGCAGGGGGUGGGGGUGGGCGUCUUCCUGGCCGCCUUCAUCCUCAUGGCCGUGGCGGGCAACCUGCUCGUCAUCCUGUCGGUGGCCUGCAACCGCCACCUGCAGACGGUCACCAACUAUUUCAUCGUGAACCUGGCCGUGGCCGACCUGCUGCUGAGCGCCACGGUGCUGCCCUUCUCGGCCACCAUGGAGGUGCUGGGCUUCUGGGCCUUCGGCAGGGCCUUCUGCGACGUGUGGGCCGCCGUGGACGUGCUGUGCUGCACGGCCUCCAUCCUCAGCCUCUGCACCAUCUCUGUGGACCGCUACGUGGGCGUGCGCCACUCGCUCAAGUACCCCGCCAUCAUGACGGAGCGCAAGGCGGCCGCCAUCUUGGCGCUGCUCUGGGUCGUGGCCCUCGUGGUGUCGGUGGGGCCGCUGCUGGGCUGGAAGGAGCCGGUGCCCCCCGACGAGCGGUUCUGCGGCAUCACAGAGGAGGCGGGCUACGCCGUCUUCUCGUCCGUGUGCUCCUUCUACCUGCCCAUGACUGUCAUCGUGGUCAUGUACUGCCGCGUGUACGUGGUGGCGCGCAGCACCACGCGCAGCCUGGAGGCGGGCGUCAAGCGCGAGCGCGGCAAGGCCUCCGACGUGGUGCUGCGCAUCCACUGUCGCGGCGCCGCCGCAGACGGGGCACAUGCGGGCAUGCGCAGCGCCAAGGGCCACACCUUCCGCAGCUCGCUGUCAGUGCGCCUGCUCAAGUUCUCGCGAGAGAAGAAAGCUGCCAAGACCUUGGCCAUCGUCGUGGGAGUCUUCGUGCUCUGCUGGUUCCCCUUCUUCUUCGUCCUGCCGCUGGGGUCGCUGUUCCCGCAACUCAAGCCCUCCGAGGGGGUCUUCAAGGUCAUCUUCUGGCUCGGCUACUUCAACAGCUGCGUGAACCCGCUCAUCUACCCCUGCUCUAGCCGCGAGUUCAAGCGCGCCUUCCUCCGCCUUCUGCGCUGCCAGUGCCGCCGCCGCCGCCGCCGCCCCCUCUGGCGCGUCUAUGGCCACCACUGGCGGGUCUCGGCCGGCGGCCCGCACCCAGACGACGCGCCCGGCCCGUGCGCCGCGCCCCCCGGCGCCCCGCUGGCCCUCACCGCGCCCUCGGCCCCCAGCUUCCCCGAGGCACAGGCUCCGGGUCCGAGCCGUCGAAAGCCGCCCUGCGCCUUCCGCGAGUGGAGGCUGCUGGGGCCAUGGCGGAGACCCACCACCCAGCUGCGCGCCAAGGUCUCCAGCUUGUCCCACAAGCUCCGCCCCGGCAGCGGGCCCCGCGCGGAGGCCGCCAGCGCUCUGCGCCCCGAGGUGGAGGCCGUGCCUCUCAGCGUCUCCCACGAGGUCGCGGAGGGCGCCACCUGCCAGGCCUAUGACUUGGCGGACUACAACAACCUCCGGGAGACUGACAUUUAAGGACCCGGCACUAGACCUUGUGUGGGUGGAGGGGAGGAGAGCGCUGAAAGCAUGGGGAGGGCGGCUGGUUUCCAUUCCAUGCCUGGUGAAGAGACCCAGAGACUGCUCUGUUCAUCCCUCAAGAGUCGGGGCUGGGCUAGGGCCCUUGAAAGGUGCAAAGUUUCGACCCUCCUGGGCACUGGUACUCUGAGCUCAUUUGCGAGGGAGGGAAUCAGGCUCUGUGGGGCCAGUUGCUCCCAGUCCUUGUUUGAGAAACCCUGCCUCUAACAGCCUGAAACCUGGGCAGGUGGCCCCAAGUGUGGGGACAACCUCUUGGGGAGGAAGGGGCCCAGAGGUCCUUCCUAGCUAGCCCCCAGUGCCUCCCCUAGGGAAAAGCAGUGGGGCCAGGGUUUCUCCUAGGACACAAUAUCUCCUUACUGCCCGCUAGAGGGACCCAGUGGACCUGCCAUCGCCACCAAAAGCUUUGUGGCCGAUUGGAUGGCCUCUCUACAGCCUGUUGUAUUUCCCCUUGGGCCUGCCCCACCCUACUCAGGUUCCUCCAUCACGACCCCUCGACCCCUCACCUGGCCCUCUUAACCUCCUCCCCAAAGGCCAUACUGUUUACACUGUACAUAGCUCUUUGUGCCUGUGCCCAUCACUUCUCCCUGGAAUCCAGAGCUGUCAGAUGCGGAGAGCUCUUGUCGUUCUGGGACGUAUUUAUUGGGAAGAGUACUUCUAUUUUUUGCAAAUGGUCCCUCUUUAGUCUAUAACCCCAAAAGAACUCCCUUCCUCCCAGAUACUUCAAGUACUGAAGACCCACGACAGGACAGAUUGGGUCAGUGUUCAUCUUUCUAGUUUCAGUUUAACUGUCUCCUGAACUGGUGGCUGUUGUCCAAUUUUUAGCAUGACCAAGGAACUCUGAAAUUUUGUUGGCUUUUAAAGUCCAUGUAAUUGAUUAGUCUUGGGAACCCAAUAGUAACCAUAACCACAAAUUU